UAGUUGCUCAAAGACUGUGAUCGAGGUGAGACGUUCGUGUGUUUGAUCAUUGCUAUGUUAGCAUGUGUGCCCAUUGUGACUGUGACCACUUAAGACCUAUGCGUCGAAUGCUAAAGUGAAGCUAAUUUAAAUCAAUUGAGGCAAUUAUUAAUAAUUCUCAUUAACAAUUUUUGAAUAUUCAAAAGAUCGUCAGAUGAUCGGACAGUAUUCGCGUAUUUUAGUGAAUUUCUCGUUUACUUGAUGUAGGACCGUAAAUUUUAUAAAAGUUCAUUGACUGGGAUUGAUUGCAGGGAUAUGUUGGGUAUUAGAGUAAUACUCAUAUUGUCCAUCUUUGUGACAAUUAUUGUCGAAAAUGAUACCCAUUCGUGCUGCACAGAAGUCUAUGGAUCCUGUCGAACAUCUUGCGAGAAUUUGUCUCUUGUGCACUUGGCCGUAGACAUAAAUGUAAAAGACUCAAAAUUAUCUGACAUCAAGAGGUUUUGCUCACAGUCACUCACGGAGUUUUGGAAAUGUAUGAACAACACUUUACAAGCUAUUUCGAGAGGAUCUCAAUGGCCAGGACGGCCCUGUUGCAGUUUAGGUCUCUCUGAUCGCUGCAAAAUUGCUUGUACUACAGCUUCUUCACUUCAAGACCUAAUGGUUGGCUGUCGUCAAAGUGAUGAACAGAGUCUCUUUACCUGUUUGGAUCGCCAGGAAGGAGGAGACUCUUGCUGUUCCCAGUCGAAAACAGCAGAGUGCAUGCAGUCUUGCAAAGAUAUUUUUCGUACACGUUUCACUCCAACUAAAGAACAGCGGUACAAAGUCAUAAAGGCCUGCGAAAAUGAUGAUCAUAAAGUCUUGCAGUGCCUUAAAAACUUGAUUGAUAAUACUCAGGCGUCUAAUCUAAAGACAUAUAUACCUUGUUGUGACCUGAGCCAGAAUUCGCAAUGUCGAACUUCAUGCCAACAUGCUCUAACUGUUAGCGAGACAACACAGGAAACUAUCGAUGCUUUGGAAAGUGGAGGAUGUGGACCACCUUUGCCUUAUGACCCGAUGUGGCAAUGUUUCCUGUCCAGUGGACGCCAAGGAGCUCCAGCCAGUGCAGCAAAUGAAGUCUCUAGGAUCAAUCAAAUUGGAAUGGAUUCAGCAAAAUUGCAUUGUUGUCAGAAAGCUUUAGCUCCUAAAUGCCGUAGACUUUGUCAACUUACCUUCUCCAGUGACUGGGCUGUAACAAGGGAUGAUUUUGAAACUGACUGUCUGUCUCAGAUAAAUGAGCUUCAACUACGACAAUGUCUAGAUGACGUGGACGAGCCUUGUGAACUAGGAUGUGACUCACUUUCUUUUUGCAGUAACUUCAAUGGACGGCCUACAGAACUGUUUCGAAGUUGUACAAACCAGGCAGACAUUGCAGCUCACUCUGAUUUAUUUAUAUGGCAAGAGAAGGGCUAUAUCCCAUUGCCAGGUUUCAAUCUACCCAUCAGGAAUGUCUCAAAGUGCUCACCAGAAGCUUGGCAUGCUGUCGCUUGCACUCUUCAGAUAAAGCCAUGUACAACUACAACCCAUGGGAAUCAGAUAUGUCGAGAAGAUUGUUAUGACCUCUUGACUCAGUGUAUGGAUUGGACAAAGUUACAGUCUAGUAGUCAUUCAGCUGGGUCUUUAUGUUCCAAGCUGUCCCCAAAUGAUAUCACCACUCCUUGCAUUUCUUUGAAACCUUUUCUCGAACCAAGCGAUAUUCCCUAUGAUGGGUAUAAAAUUACACAUCCAUGCAAGGGAAAUCCUUGCAAUAGCUCUCAGGUAUGUCUUCUAGACAAAACACAGAAUAACAUGUUUUACUGCGUAACUGGUUGUCCUUUGGGAGAAACAUCCUCCUAUAUGGUUCCCGUGGAUACCUACGUCCGCAUCCCAGUGUCAUUAACGCAGAAGGGAUGUUUGAAAAUAUGCUAUUGUGGAGCAUCAGGACGCAUUGAAAAUUGUCAACCACUUCCUUGUGUCACCUACGACUCCUGCAACCUAGCUGGUCGACAGAUUGAUCAUGGUUCGUGGUUCUACGUGGAGUGCAACAUUUGCAGUUGCUUUGCUGGUGAGAUUACAUGCACCAAGAAACAGUGUCGAAUUCUUGGUAUCUCUGAUGACUCCUACACUAGCCUCCCAUGCAAUUGCCCUCCGCAUUAUGUACCAGUUUGCGGAAGAAACGGGAAAACCUAUCCCUCGGCUUGCGUUGCAAAGUGUUCUGGACUUCAGGAUGCGGACAUUGAGUAUGGAGCUUGUUCAAAUAAGAUCUUCUGCAAUUCAUCUUCUUGUCCAUCUGGCACAAUUUGUGUAGAGGAUCACCAAGUUUGUCUGUCGACAAUGCAUAAGCCUUGUCCUAUGUAUAAAUGUGUUAACAUCACGGCUCCUUGUCAAUCUGAUCAACCCGUUUGUGAUAAAGAAAACCGAGUACAUUCUUCUCUGUGCCAUCUUAUCAAAAGUGACGAAGAUCUAGCUUAUCAAGAGAACUGUUUAAGUGGAUGUAGAGGAUCAGCCCAUGGGCAAGUUUGUGGAAUUAAUGGUCAAACUUAUGAUUCAGAAUGCGAAGCUUGGAGUGACUACUCAACUGUUGAUUAUUUUGGACAUUGCCGGGAAGUUGGACUCUUAACAUCAAUUCUUGGGCCAAGAUGCUCCUCAGCUAAAUGUACGCCACUCCCAUCGGAUCACUGUCAGCCAAUAGUUCCUCCAGGCGCUUGCUGUCCCAUCUGUUCAGGAUCUCUAAGAAUUGUAUACUCGCGUAAGCAGAUAGAUCGUGCUCUCUAUGCUCUUAAGGGCAAAAAUACUCACUUUUUGACAUUAAGAUCCAUCCUAAACGGGCUACAACGACUCAUAAAAACCUCUCAGUGUCGAUUGAGUGGUUUCUUAACUAUCGAAACAGAUUUAUUUAUCACUAUUCAACAUGUGUCUCGUAAACCUACUCAAAUCCAAAUAGAAGCGUGCCAUCGAGAAGCUGAAAAAAUCACCACACUAAUCGCUGCCCAGAGUCAUCGUGUGACCUCUGACUUAGGCCUUAGUGCCCUCACUGUAGCCAAUAUGGCACAACCUGAUACAUCUGGAAGUUCCUACAGUGGUUCUGGACGUUCAAGUUUGUACUUGAUAAAAUUCACUACAAUCAUUGUAAUUUAUCGCUACUUUUUCUGAGAACUUUGUCUCUUGCUGUCUCCAAUUUUUUUUGUUGUAAAAACGUGAAUUCACAGUGCCAAAUACUUUGGGGAGUAUAAAGACUAACGAGUUGUUAAGAACAUUUUGAUCUGUGAUAAAUCUAUAAUAAGUUUGCAGUAGAAAUUGGUUUUAGUAGCCAAAGAAUAAAUUAAACUUUGUCAUAAUAUAAUAAUAAUAAAUCUCUAAAAAAUUUAUUGAAUUUUAAAAGAAA